GCAACCCGUGACUGUUUUUGUUUAGCUGCAUCCCUUGAUUCCCUUUGUUCCCCAAGAAUCUCUGCCUUCUUCAACAAGCACCUUCUCUCCCUAUCUCAAAUUUUCUCUUUUCUCUGUAAUUUGGCCUUAAAUCUUAUCUUCUCCAGAAGCAUCUGAUCUUAUUGCCUCGGAAGAUCUCGGAAAUGGGUUCGGUUCCGCCUGAACUGAGCCUGGGUUGUAAGCCCGCCUCCGAUUCCACAACGAUCACUGAGUUUCUCCAUGAAAUCUCGAUGAUCGAAAGCGUAUCCGAUAGAGUGUCAAAAAUCGAUGAUUAUAUUACGAGGCUUGAAGAAGAGAUGCGGAAGAUCGAUGCCUUCAAACGCGAGCUCCCGCUAUGCAUGUUCCUUGUCAAUGAUGCGAUUAUAUACUUAAAAGAGGAAGCAGAGAAGUAUAGGACAGCAAGGGUGGAACCAGUACUGGAAGAAUUUAUACCACUGAAGAAGUGCUCUAAUGAUGGGGAUGACGGUGGAGAUAGGAUUGAUAUCAGGAAAGACAGAGAAAAAAUGAAUUGGAUGAGCUCUGCAGUGCUAUGGAAUGGUGAAAUCCUUUCAACCAAUAACAAACACCACCCAGAACCUGAGCUUAAGAUGACAACUGAGGAAGCAGAAUAUAGCUCAAUAACCAAUGACUUAUCGAUCCCUUGUAAAACCGGGAAUACAGCGAAUGGGUUUAUUCCUUUCAAGAGUUACUCUGGUUUUCCAACAACUAUAGUGAGAAAGCAAGAAAACAAGAAAGAAUUACCAAAUCUACCUCCUGAUCUAAUGCUUGGUGCACCUGUGUUUAAGAGCCCAAGGGAAGAUUUGAGAAUGAUUGGUUACUGUUCGAAUAAAAAUAUGAGUACUAGUAAUAUCACCAAAGCUGCAUCUUCUUGUACUUCAUCAAGUAGUAGCAUGCACAGUAGUAGCAGUAGGAAGGAAAGAAGAUGUUGGACACCAGACUUACAUAAGAGAUUCAUCAAUGCCCUCCAACAACUUGGGGGCUCACAAGUUGCAACACCCAAGCAGAUUAGGGAGCUCAUGCAAGUUGAUGGCCUGACCAAUGAUGAAGUGAAGAGCCAUUUGCAGGCAGAAGUAUAGGCUCCACACUAGAAAACUUCCUCAAUCCACA